GCGCAUAAGCAUUGACUUUCGAUCUCGUAUAGUCUAUGUUUUGCUGGAGUGACGAAAAUGAAGAGUUGUUGAAAUACGAGACCAGUUGCAGGAAAGUACAUGUGGUUGUAGCCGAGUGAGCAGAAGAUGGAACAUCUCACAGGGUGUGGCAACACUGGAACAAGUGAGGGCGCUGGUCAAACAAAGUUCAUUCAGGAACGGGGAAUUUCAGUUGAAGAUGAUAGCAUUCUAAAUCCCUUUAGACCAAAGGAAGUUUCCAUUGAGAGGGAUCAAAGCACCAAUGAUAGCCCUCGUAUUCCAGUCAGCAAUAACAGCAGAGGUGAAAGCACUCCCAGUGCAGCCGGCAAUACAUGCACUACAAAUGUGGCAAGAAUUGCACCACUGAAGACCCUGGCGAAUCGAGUCUAUGUGCAUUCUAUCCAGAAAAGCGUUUGCCAGAGGACAAAGAGUUACAAUGCUACAUACAAAAGACAAAGAAGUGUUAACAAUGAAGAAGGCAUCUGCCAGGGAGAUGCACCUGAGAGAGGCAAUGAUGACGGCAGAGGAAGCGUGCCAAAGACUAUUGCUAAGACGCCUGUGUAUCCAAUCUAUGCCCAGUCCCUACACCAGAGUCCAGGCAAGAAGGACGCAAGUAGUAGAAGAUCUCCCCAUAAGAAUGAAAGCUGGAAAGCCAGUAAUAUUGACAACGACUUGAGUGGUACAGCCCAUGGAUCAGACCACCGUAGAAAUCAGAUUUCCACAAUGGGUGAAGUGGAAGCUACCUUGGGUGAGAGGGAAGGUGCCACCAUGGUGUCCAAGAGCCUUGGGCAUCCUCCGUCGGUACAGCACCUUGCUACCUCAGGUGAGAGGGAAGGUGCCACCAUGGUGUCCCAGAGCCUUGGGCAUCCUCUGUCAGUACAGCCCCUUGCUACCUCAGGUGAGAGGGAAGGUGCCACCAUGGUGUCCCAGAGCCUUGUUGGGCAUCCUCCGUCGUUACAGCACCUUGCUACCUCAGGUGAGAGGGAAGGUGCCACCAUGGUGUCCCAGAGCCUUGUUGGGCAUCCUCCGUCGGUACAGCACCUUGUGAAUGGGACUGUGAGUGACAUUAGCAGCUUUGCUCGUGAGAUUGAGAACAACCUGCGUGAACGGAACAGCUGGUUAGGUGUCUAUCCUAUUCCCAUGUAUAGCUCCCUUGAUUCCCAGACUCGUCCCAACAUGCUGCAAUACCCAAUGAACUUCCAGUCUAUGCAUCAGAACAACCUUAGAGUGGACAGUGAAAAUGAUGGCAGCAGCUGCACCAGCAGAACCCAAACUGUGUCAAGGGAUGAUAAUGAAUUGAAUGAUGCAGAGAAGCUGGCUAUUGAGAAGGCUCAGAAUGUUGUGAAGUCUCUUUCAUUGAAGACAUCAUGGAAACCCAAAGAGCAGUUCAAGUGCGAGUCCUGCGACAAGAUCUUCAAGUAUCAAAGUCAACUGAAGCUGCAUGAACUGAAGCACACUGGUGAUCGUCCAUUCCAAUGUGAUGUCUGUACCGAUUCUUUCCGAAGCCGUAACCAACUCACAAAUCAUCACCGGAAACAUUCAGGGGAGAAGCCUUACGUGUGUAAAGUUUGCAACAUGGCGUUUCGCCGAAGCAACCAGCUCAAUGUCCAUGUUCGCCAGCAUUCUGGUAAGCGUACCUUCCAGUGCCAGUAUUGCGAAGAGGCAUUCGCGGAGAAGGGUAGCUUGUGUUCUCACAUGAGAACACAUGCAGGUAUCAAACCGCACAAGUGUGAGGUCUGCGGCAAGGCUUUUAAGAGGCGGAGUCAGAUGACGCCUCACAUGCGUGUGCAUACUGGGGACCAACCAUUCCUGUGCUCCCUGUGUAACCAAGCCUUUAGCCAGAAGGUACACCUACAGUCACACAUGAGGAAACACAGUGGGGAGAAGCCGUAUGAGUGUGAGGUCUGCCACAAGACGUACCGGGAUCAUAGCCAGCUCAAGUCACAUUUCCGGGUGCACACUGGAGAAAAGAAUUACAAGUGCAAACUGUGCCCGCUGGCUUUUAGGUAUCUACCGCAACUUAAAAAACAUUUGAAAUCAUUGCAUGCAGAUGAGGCGCCCGUUACUAGUUCAUAGGUGUUCGUUCGUUCUGAUGAAACCGCUAUGAUACU